AUGAAUCCACGAAAUGUGGGUGGUGCUGGCACUAUUAAUGCAGAUGAUGGAUAUUUUAUCAGCAAUAACUUCGUGUUUAAUGUAAUUGACGGUCACUACGCUAUUGUAUAUUUCCCAUAUUGGAAAUUUAUUAAAUUUUCAUCUGGUUCUGUUAUUCAAACGG